AUGGUUAAAUACCUAUCAUUACAGGAGAAAAAAGCACAAUUUUGUCCAAAAUUAAGUAGCAAGUAUGAUCAUUUAGUCCUGAGUAUGCCGAGAAGAAUGCUUGUUGUCACUCAUGCAUUAACUUGGCCAAAAAUUUAUGCUGGGUGUUCAGAAGAAUUUGAUUUAGAUGGAAAUAACAUGACUACACAUGGGCGGUUAACUCAGGCAUUAUCAGGAUUUAAAUCAAAGAACUUUAUUAUAUGUCUAGAUGAGAUUCAUGAAAUGAUGGAACAUUAUCGUAGCCAUAUCGUAUGUUUAUCUGCCACUCCAAUUCCAAUUCCAAUUCCAAAUGGUAAACUAAUAAGUCUUAAAAAAUCUAGAACAGUUCAUGAGGUUGUGGAUUUAUCAACCUGUAUACGUCUACAUGAUACUUCAGCUAGUUCACUUAAUCGAAAAUGUCAAGUAAUAAGUGGAAGAAAUGAUGUAAUAAAAGAGGGUACUGAAAUAAUAUUUGGAACAAACGUUUGGAAUGUGUAA